CUUCCCCCUCGCAAGCGCUCUUUCCUCUUCCCCCACGUCGUUGUGUCUCCAACAUGGAUGCUUUUCAGAGUAUUCUGAAAUUCUUUCUUAACCAAAAGACGGCUAUUGGCUACAGCUUCAUGGCUUUGCUGACCCUGGGAAGUGAGCGUCUCUUCUCACUAGUGGCCUUUAAGUGCCCCUGCAGCACGGAGAACACAGCCUAUGGGCUGGUUUUCCUCUUUGCCCCUGCCUGGGUGUUACUGAUCCUUGGAUUCUUUCUAAACAACAAGGCGUGGAGACUCUUCACUGGCUGCUGUAUAAAUCCCAAGAAAAUCUUCCCCAGGAAACGCUGCUGCCGCUUCUUCUACGUCCUGGGCCACAUCACACUGAGUUCCUUGGUGGCUCCAGUGAUGUGGCUCUCUGUGGCUUUGCUGAACGGGACGUUUUACGAAUGUGCUAUGAGCGGGACAAGGAGCACGAGUCUCCUGGAGAUGAUUUGCAAGGGCAAGCCCAAAGAGUGCUGGGAAGAGCUGUACAAAGUCUCCUGUGGCAGAAGCAGCAUGGCACCCACGGACAACGAGGAGGUGAAGUUGUCCCUGCAAGCCCAGUCUCAGAUUCUAGGAUGGUGUCUGAUUUGUUCGGCAUCCUUCUUCUCUCUGCUGACCACUUGCUAUGCACGUUGCAAAUCUAAAGUUAGCUAUCUGCAGUUGAAUUUUUGGAAGACAUACGCACAAAGUGAGAAGGAACAAUUGGAAAACAAACUCCUGGAAUGUGCCAACAAGCUGAGUGAGAGGAACCUGAAAUGCUUUUUUGAAAACAAGAGGCCGGAUCCCUUUCCCAUGCCCUCUUUUGCUGCCUGGGAGGCGGCUUCCGAGCUACAUGCAUUCCACCAAGACCGGGAACACUACAGUGCUCUCCACAAGGUGGUAGAUGACGGUCUGGAACAAUCCCCCCAAGAGGAAGAGACAACAAUGAUCCUGGUGGGCUCCGCCCAGGGGCUGUGAAUUGCCAACCAUCGCUGGCUCAGGUGGACAGAGGUACACUCAUUCUGAGAGUGUCCUGCUGUCUCCACAGCAACCUAAGCCUCUGUGUUUUCUCGCCAACAGAGCUUCUUCAGAAGAUGAUAAUACAGAGAAAACUGAGAUGCUGAGUGAGGACAAAGACACCCUGAGUUGGUGGAGGGUUGGGCCUAAGAGGUCCGACAGUUACUGUAAGCGCUAAGAUGCUAAGAUUUCAUGACUCAGCCCGCAGACUCUGGCAAAGUGGUCUGCCGCUCAUUGCAAGUAUCUGUUGUGGUAUGGGGGGAGAGGGUCUGUGCACAGUGGCAUCUGCAGAGUGGCCAUCAGGAAGCCUUUCACAAAUAUAUCCAACACCUUUCAAGAUGAAGGAAUUCUAACAUUAAACAUUCCUUUGCUCAGAAGAACUCCAUUCUCAAAAAUCACCAACUGAAAGAAUAUAAUGUCUAAAACUCAGAGGUUUCCACAUGGCUGCCAGGUCGUGGAAGUCUAUCUCUGGGGCAGGGCUACCUCAUGAUUGCUGUAUGCUGAAGGCACUUAUGCCCUCACAGGCCAAUUUCUAAUGUCUAAAAGACAAUCAUAGAAGGCCCACAUGCAAGACUGCAUUGAUAUA